AUGGCAUUCCGUCCAGGCAGCCCCUUCGAACUCCCCAAUGGCCGCCUAAUCCGUGGUCCACACCGACUCGGUGUCUGUGGCAUCUGCGCUGUGGAUUACGACUUCAUAUAUGAAGAUGAAGAUCGUGAAGAGGAAAGUGAUGGCCCAGACUACGAAGUUGAUCGAAAAAGGCGCGAGAGCGCUUGCGCAAGCUUGGCUUCAUACCCUUCGACCAGGAUCCCCUUCAAAUAG